AUGGGCUGUGCGUAUACACUAGGCUGGACGUAUACACUAAGCUGGACGCUGGACGUAUACCCUAGGCUGGGCGUAUACACUAGGCUGGACGUAUACACUAGGCUGAACGUAUACAAUGGGCUGGGCGUAUACACUAGGCUGGGCGUAUACCCUAGCCUGGACGUAUACACUAGGCUGGACGUAUACACUAGGCUGGACGUAUACAAUGGGCUGGACGUAUACCCUAGGCUGGACGUAUACACUAGGCUGGACGUAUACACUAGGCUGGACUUAUACCAUAGGCUGGACGUAUACACUAGGCUGGACGUAUACACUGGGUGGACGUAUACACUAAGCUGGACGUAUACAAUGGGCUGGACGUAUACCCUAGGCUGGACGUAUACCCUAGCCUGGACGUAUACCCUAGGCUGGACGUAUACACUAGGCUGGACGUAUACGAUGGGCUGGGCGUAUACACUAGGUUGGACGUAUACACUGCGAUGCUACACCGGGUUUCUUUCCACAUUCGAGACAAAAAUCCAUUUCGCGGAAUUCGUAACCGCGGCGCCAUUUCUUCUCAGUCCUUCCAACCUCGCAGCACUCCCCCCCCCCCGAUCGUGCGUCGGUUUCAGCUUCGGCUCUAGAAAUCGCUAUUUACGCUACUAUGCAUCUCAUCUAUCCCAUCCGCUCCUGCCCACCUUUUUCCGAUCGUCGCUCCUUGCUUUCGCCUACAUCCUUCAUCCUCAGCGUUUCGCUUGUCACUUGUUCCUUCCGAUCGCGUUUAAUCACUUAGAACACGCCAUUUUUGACAGUGGGUCAAAAUUCGUGGCUUCGUCUGUUGUGACGUCACAGCAUUGA